ACCACAACACAUCAUCUGUCAGCCAUGAGGGUCAUCAACAUGGGUCCAGAUCCGUCCCUGGCCUAUCGGCCGAAUUUGAAGACAAAUAAAACCAAAGAGAAGGAAGGCUACAGAAACUUUGAGAGUGGAGAUCUAAUUGAUCGUGUGUUCAACACAUAUAAGCUGAUGCACACUCAUCAGACGAUGGACUUUGUUAAUCAAAUGAACUCUGCGUGGACGGGCUGCAGCCACACUAAGCUGGGGAUGAUGGACGCCAUCAUGUCUCUGGACCAGCUGGUGGACGAGUCUGAUCCUGAUGUGGAUUUCCCCAACUCCUACCACGCCUUCCAGACUGCUGAGGGCAUCCGUCAGGCACACCCAGACAAUGAAUGGUUCCAUUUGGUGGGUCUGAUCCAUGAUGUUGGGAAGACAAUGGCUCUUUGGGAUGUUCCUCAGUGGGCGGUAGUAGGCGACACCUUCCCAGUGGGCUGCCAGUAUCAAAACUCCAUUGUGUUCAGGGACAACAGCUUCAUGGAUAACCCAGAUGAGAAGAAUUCUCACUACAAUACUGAGUUCGGGAUCUAUGAGCCAAACUGUGGCCUCGACAAAGUCCACAUGUCCUGGGGCCAUGAUGAAUAUCUCUACAGAGUUUUGAAGUUCAAUAACUGCUCCAUCCCAGAGGAGGGGUUGUACAUGAUUCGCUUCCAUUCAUUCUACCCCUGGCACUCCCACGGAGACUACAUGCACCUGUGCAACGAGAAAGACCUGCGCAUGCUGCCCUGGGUCCAAGAGUUCAAUGCAUUUGACCUUUACACAAAGACCACGGAGCUGCCCGACGUCGACAAGCUGAAGCCGUACUACCAGUCUCUGAUCGACAAGUACUGCCCUGGAAUACUGAAGUGGUGAAACAGACAGCAUUGAAUUAAACAGCAGCACUAUAUAGAAACAGAAAGUGAACACUUGAGAAAUUCAGAAUGAUUUGUCCUAUCACUGCUUUUAACACUGAAGCUGGAUUAAUUACCUGUACCCUAUACAAUGUAUGAUAUACAUUGUAUAGUGGCAUUCAAUUUAUACACAUAAGUAUAUUUAUAAAACUGAUGUUUGCAUUUUUCAGAUAAAUAUGUACUGAAUUCUUUUUUUUGGUAUUAUUCUUUAAUAUGUAGUAAAAAAACCAUUUAAAAACAAACUA